AUGGUUGACGUAAGAGGAGGCUUAAAGGCAUUCGGUUAUAAUCCCAAGUUGAUCAUGGAGAUGUUAAAGUGCGAUUUGGGAAUAGCACUUUUCCAAGGAACCCAGCCCAUUUUCUUCCAGAACCACGCUAAAGAGCCCCUAAUACCGUAUGAGCUUGGACCACUGAUACCAGGACACCGGGAUAUAGAUGAAACAGACAUGUCGUGGGACCCGACUUAUUUGAAGAUCAAUACAGACCUGGUUCAUGCCUGGACAGCCAUGAGAAAUUUCUGCUCGACAAUCAACUCGGUUACUGAACGCAAGCGCCGUCUGUCAAAAGAGAUCCUACUCAACACAAUGGCCUCCGUCAUGUACCGUCUGCUGGCUCUGGAGAGUUUCGACCACAACUCGCUUGAUGAGGCGGUUCGUCUUGGACUCUUGGCAUUCUCAUAUUUGGUCUUUCUUCGCUUUGAAAAUGUAAAGCUCCCACAGCGACACUUUCCUCAAAAAUAUUGGGCUUGCCUUCAGAGCCUGAGGACCUCGGAAGUGCCAUCAGAUUUGCGAUUAUGGCUAUUUGUUAUUGGCGCAAUAGCAUUUGCAAGUCCUGAUGAUGAUACUUCAUCGUUGGCCUUGCUGAGGAUUGACGUGAAAUCUUAUGGAGCAUACCAAUUGACCGAAUCCCUCCACCUUUUGAGGCACUUCCUAUGGAUCGAAAUUUUAGUACAAUCGCCUGGGAAGGCUGUACUUGAAUCACUUCGCUCUUAA